GGCGGGGUUCCGCGGGUUGUGCGCGCGCGUCGGGGAAAGGCUGCAGCAAGCGCAGAGAAUUAGGUCCCAGACUGAAUUCCCUGCACCAUGAACCCCACCAUUGGCAUCGUGCUCCUGCUGGCAGUCUUGCAGGUGGCAUGUGGGCAGAGGGUGACCAGCCUGACGGCCUGCCUGGUGAACCAAACGCUGCGGCUGGACUGCCGCCACGACAACACUACUACCUCGCCCAUCCUGUAUGAGUUCAGCCUCUCACGGGAGACCAAGAAGCAUGUGCUGGCCGGCAACAUCGGGGUGGUGGAGCACACCUACCGAACCCGCGCUUCGGUCAACAGCAGUUACAACAUCAAGGUGCUCUACCUGAAUGGAUUCACCAACAAGGACGAGGGCUUCUACACCUGCGAGCUGCGUGUCGCCGGCCAGUCGAGCUUCGUCUCCAGCAUGAACGUCUCGGUGCUGCGAGACAAGCUGGUCAAAUGUAAGGGCAUUAGCCUGUGGGCCCAGAGCCCCUCGUGGUUGCUGCUGCUGCUGCUGGCACUGCCCCUGCAGGUGGUGGGCUUCUCCCUGUGAUGGGCAGGGCACCCCAACACAGGAGGCUCACAUCCUUCUCACCGCGGGAAGUCACAGAGACCCCCCCCAAUCUGGAAUCCCAGUGCUGCAUGCCCUCCUCCCAGCCCUGCCCACCCCACAGAACCUCCCUCCCCUCUGCCUCCCACUGUCUCUACAUUGCCAGAGCCUGCUCAGGGGUUCCCUGGCAGUGGCCCCUCCUUUUCUUAGAGUUUGGAAAAGAGCUACUGGGGAGGGACUGAGCAGAGCACAAUUUCCAGCCCUGGUGUAGCUGGUCCAUUGGGAGUGGCCCUGAAAGAAAGGGGUGGUCUGGGGCAG